AUGGACAGGUUUGAUGUGGCCGUCGUUGGUCUUGGUGCAUUUGGAAGCGCAACAGUAUGGCAAGCGGCCCGAAAAGGGGUGAAGGUGGUGGGAUUCGAGCAAUUCGAGUUUGGACAUGUGCAUGGCGCUUCUCACGACACGUCGCGCAUUGUUCGGACAUCGUAUGAUGCUCCGGAAUACGUCGCGCUUGCCAAGUCCGCUUACAAAGACUGGACAGAACUAGAAAAAGCCGUGGGAAUGAAACUUUUGACGAUAACCGGUGGUAUCGUUGUCCUCGCAAAUGACCGUUCUUGCUCUGCCAGCGCAAAGGCUUCGAACUAUACGGCGAGUUUAGACGCAAACAACGUGCCUUACGAGCUCCUCAAUGCCCAACAGGUCAAGAAGCGAUGGCCGCAAAUCAACCUUGGAGAAGACGUGGAUGCGGUGUAUACUGCCGACACUGGCAUGGCCCACGCCGCCAAGUCAGUGACAGCGAUGCAAUUUGCGGCUCGCGCCCACGGGGCCGUUCUUAAAGAAAACACGACCGUCAUCAGAGUCGUGCCUCUUGCAGGGGCCCAAAACACUAAAGGAGUCCUCGUGAAAACAACAAAAGGCGAUUUCCACGCAAACAAGGUCGUUCUAGCCGCAGACGCCUGGAUCAACAAACUGCUUGCCCCUCUGGGUGCUCAAAUUCCGCUCACGGUCAUGCAAGAACAAGUAACAUACUUUAAGCCAACCAACCCCUCAUCCUUCGAGCCCGGUCAAUUUCCAGUUUGGAUCUGGAUUGUCGAUGGCAGAGCAUUCUACGGAUUUCCUUCUUUUGGCGAACCCACGAUCAAGGCUGCUCGUGACGCGUCAGACAAUCUCAUGUCACCGGAAGAGCGGACGUACGUCCAUUCCCCAGAACUCCUCCACGAGUUGACUACUUUCAUGAAUGGCUUUAUAUCAGAAGACCAGAAGCUUGAAGCUCUUCGCACAGUAACCUGCCAAUAUGCUAUUACUCCUGACCGACAAUUCGUGCUCGGUCGGCUGGAGAAUCAUCCCGAGAUAUUCAUUGCGCUAGGAGCCGGUCACGGUUUCAAAUUCGCACCCGUCAUUGGCCGUGUUAUGGCUGAGCUGGCCAUAGACGGAGAGACAACAGAAAAUAUCUCCAAGUUUGGCGUCCCGUCGAGUCGGUCGCCACUUCAAAGUAAAAUUUAG